GGGUUCCCUCCCGGGUCCGCAGUAGAAACACUGCCCUCUCCCUUCUUGACCCCUGUUCCUUCCUCCGCUCCUUCCUUUCCUCCCGCCGCCGUCGCUUCAGGCGCCGCUGUUCCCGGAGGAUCUCCCAGCACAGUGAUGGGGUCUCGGGCCUCCACGUUACUGCGCGACGAAGAGCUCGAGGAGAUCAAGAAGGAGACCGGCUUUUCCCACAGUCAGAUCACUCGCCUCUACAGCCGGUUCACCAGCCUGGACAAAGGAGAGAACGGGACUCUCAGCCGGGAAGAUUUCCAGAGGAUUCCAGAACUUGCCAUCAACCCAUUAGGGGAUCGGAUCAUCAAUGCCUUUUUUCCAGAGGGAGAGGACCAGGUAAACUUCCGUGGAUUCAUGAGAACUUUGGCUCAUUUUCGACCUAUUGAGGAUAAUGAAAAGAGCAAAGAUGUAAAUGGACCGGAACCACUCAACAGCCGAAGCAACAAACUGCACUUUGCUUUUCGACUAUACGACUUGGAUAAAGAUGACAAGAUCUCACGUGAUGAGCUGUUACAGGUGCUACGCAUGAUGGUUGGAGUGAAUAUCUCAGAUGAGCAGCUGGGCAGCAUCGCAGACAGGACCAUCCAGGAGGCUGAUCAGGAUGGGGACAGUGCCAUAUCUUUCACAGAAUUUGUUAAGGUUUUAGAGAAGGUGGACGUAGAACAGAAAAUGAGCAUACGAUUUCUUCAUUAAAGGAUGGAGACCAAACUGUUCCUUGCUUUCUAGUAUUUAAGAACUGGAACUUGAGAGUCCUCCUGUCCACUACCCCCACCUCCACCCCAUUUUUUCCCUUCUCCCCAAGUACUACUGCUGUUGCAUGACAACCCCAAAUAUGUUCUGUCAAAACAAACCUACCUUUGGUGUAUAAACAGGGCAUUACAGAAUGGUACACCCAGUCUAUUUCUGUUAAGUAUCCGUUCACCAGUUUUCCAUUUAUAAAUAUCAUCUUCCUCCAUUCUGUUGCUGAAUGUCACACAUCCAUCCAGUCUAAGAAAGUGAGAGAGAGAAUCAUGCCAAGAACCAGCCAGCAAAGCUCUUUCACUGGAUGUCAGCUGCAGCCAUGCCGCCUUCCCUCCAGCGAGGCUUCAGCACGCUUCUUCAUCCCUUUAUAUGUCCUUUGCUUCCUACUUCCCUGUCACCCAACAUAGCAUUCACUUCAUCUUUCAGUCUCCUAGCUUCUUACUGAGCCUCAAAAUCCCCCCUGUUCUACUUGGCACCCCAAGCUGUGCCGGUUAAAUAUAUUUCUGACUUGGCAGGAUAGUUCAGUGGUCUGGUAGCUUUUAUCUACCUUCAUUCUUAAAUGGGUCUCUGGGAUGUUGCCUCUCCAGGAGCUUUUCAGUAACCAACACUUUUCUCAGAAGAAUAUGACCAUCUCUUGGUCCCCUGCACUCUGCUCUGUCAUCAAAGGGCUGCUAGAUGGAGAUGUCUUUCUUGAAAGGUGGCCCUGGUGAGAGGUAUAGAGCCAGGUCUUCUAUGUGGCUUGCCCAGGUUGCUCUACCUCUGGCCUCUGAUUCUCAACUUAUGUGCCUAUAUGGCUCCUCUUGUUAGUGCAGUGUUGACCAUUCAGAAAAUAGCCAUAUGCCUGCAGGUUUUCUUAGAUUUGAGACACCGUCACCUCCAGAAUGGCUGCUCUGACAGUAUGCUUGGGGACUUUCUCAUGGCUUUCUGAACAAGAAGGCUGGGCACCCAAUAAAGCCUCCUUCAUUCACACCUCUGCAGCAUGGUUUAUGCCUCGGUGUCAUGUGCACUGGAAUGUUUUUCACUUCACAGUUCCAAGUAGAAAGAUUAGUGUUACGGAAGUGCCUAACUUAUCCCAGUCUAAAAGACUUAAAGACUGUCCUCAGUGUCUUGAAGUUUUGCACAGAAUUCUUUAUGAAUUUUACAUUUGGCAAAUGUUAAUUCUGGAAGCCAUAGUCAGUUCCUAAUACAGGUCCAAAGCAUUGAAUGUAUUGUAUCAUUAGCUGCCUGGUUACAUUAGCUUCCUAGCUCCUCAUGUAAACCACUGCUAAUCCCUUAGAAACAAGGGGUCCAGCACUGGUGGCACAACCUAAGGUGGCAUUACAGGUCUUCGAGUGAGCCAGAGCAACUUCUCUGCCAAAGUCAGUUUAGUUUAGAUUUCAUUGAAUCAGGCUGUUACCAUCCUAAUGUAUGUCUGUAUGAGUCUAUUUAUUCAUAUAUCUGUCCUUGGCUGACUUUCUCUGACUCUUUGCUUGCUUGCUUGUUUCCUUGCUUUGGAAGGCUAUCCCAAGACGUAUACACUAUUCUUUAGGAGGGGAUUUCUUAAAAAAAUACCACUGCAAAGGGAUAGGGAAGGGUGGAGAACUGGACGGUGGCCAGGCUGGAUGGCUCAAGUAUAAAUGAAUGAGGAAUUUUUAUGAAGUAUCAGUCUGACUUUGUGAUCAAGUUAUGUAAUAUAAGAAUUAUAUAAAAGGGAAGAAUUGUCUGAUACUGAUCUGUUAGAGAGGUACUUCAGAGGCUCCUUGAUUUGCAUAUUUAAAGUUCCUAAAAUUAAGGCUUUUUCCCUCUUUUGGCUGUGUAGCAAACUGUUUCAAUCCACAGUUGUGCCUUAUUGUUCCAUUAAAAUUGUAUUCUUUGACCCAUCAAUAAAUACUUGUGGUUAAAACAAAA